UUAGACACACAUACCUAGACAUAGUACAACUCCCCACAUGGCUACAUACAGACUUCAUCUGGCCAUGGCAGCCCUGGCGGGCGCAUCGGUCGUGGCCGUCUCGACCUAUUACAUGCACCAGAAGACGGUGAUCGAGUUCCUGGGCUUCAUCAACACCGUGGGGAGAGAGAAGUACAAGGAGGUUGCUGGCUCGGAGACAGGCUUGCCGGCGCGGCCGAAGAGGCGUAGAAGCAACGGCCGCCGCAAGCUCAAGGAGCUGAGGCGCACCAUGUCGUCGCCGCCUAUCGUGGACGCCCACGAAAUUGACCACAGGGUGGGGAAGCCGAAAAGCUCAGAUCGUGUCGAGGGUAUACCCAUCAAGAAUUCUAAGCUCCACGCUUUCUCUGAAGCCAUGGCGAUGUCGGACUUUUCACCCGAGGUGCCAAAUUUGCUGUAGUCUUCAUCUUCACAUGGUAAGGACGCAAGUCAAUCUUCCUCUCGUGGUUAGUGAUUUGGUAUGCCGUUCCUCAAGAAAGUGUACUACAAUAAGCACUGCGGUAAAAGUAGUAACAACAACGUUUUACAGCAGUCAAUGUUUCCUGUCAAAACAACUGCUAUUCUCUCCAGUAACAUGUUGCAACGUAUGAAAUUUCGACAAACAAAGGAGUAAA